AUGAAGGACCGGCUGGCCGAGCUGCUCGAGCUGUCGCGGAGCUACGGGCAGCAGUGCCCGGAUGUGGACGAGGACGCGUGCGCGGGGCGGCGGCGCGACGACGUCGUGUUCGAGACGGACCACGCCCUGGAGUCCCUGCACCGCGUCAUCCGGGACAUUCAGGACGAGACGCGCCAGCUGCUGGCCGACGUGAGGCGCCUGGGCAAGCAGAACGCGCGCUUCCUCACGUCCAUGCGGCGCCUGAGCAGCAUCAAGCGCGACACCAGCUCCAUCGCCAGGGACAUCAAGGGCCGCGGCGAGGCCAUCCACCGCAAGCUGCGCUCCUUGCGCGAGCUGAGCGAGCAGGCGGCCGCCCGGCACGGCGCGCGCUCGGCCGUGGCGCGCAUCGCGCACGCGCAGCACGCGGCGCUGGCGCGCGCCUUCCGCGACGCCAUGCACGAGUACCACCGCGCCGAGGCGAAGCAGCGCGACAACUGCAAGAUCCGCAUGCGGCGGCAGCUGGAGAUCAUGGGCAAGGACGUGUCGGGCGAGCAGAUCGAGGACAUGCUGGAGCAGGGCCGGUGGGACGUGUUCUCCGAGAACCUGCUGGCCGACGUGAAGGGCGCGCGCGCGGCGCUCGGCGAGCUCGAGAGCCGCCACCGCGAGCUGCUGCGCCUGGAGAGCCGCGUGCGAGACGUGCACGAGCUCUUCCUGCACGUGGCCGUGCUGCUGGAGAAGCAGGCCGACACGCUGGACGUCAUCGAGCUCAACGUGCAGCAGACCCUCGACUACACGGGCGAGGCCAAGGCGCACGUGCGCAAGGCCGUGCAGUACAAGGAGAGGAACCCCUGCCGGGCCAUCUGCUGCUUCUGCUGCCCCUGUGUCCACUAGCGGGCAUCACCCAGCCAGCCAGCCAGCCCGGGCUAAGCACCCUCUU